UGUUGUUAUAAUAUUGAUCUGUUUUUGCAUAAGAAAUGUCGCUGAUUCUGCAUUACGGACCGUACGAAUCGCACGGAGUCAUCAGGCAUAAGAUACAGAGGCUGAAGGGACUUGUCGAGGAAUUGACGAAGGAGAAAUACUUCGUGGAGAUGGUAGCAUCGCCGCACCUGAAUCGUUUGACGGUGGAGAUGAGGGGCCGCACGAUCUUCACCUGCGACAUCAGGAAUCUCCUAUUCAAUUUGUCGUUGGAGAUGGACGUUGUGGGUAGACGGAUAAUAGAUGUUAUAAAGCAGCACGAGGUCAUCUUCUUCGCGGAUGAGAAUGUUGCCAAAUACGAUUCGAUAAAGAGGGGCAUGCGGUGGCUCAACUACGAACACGACCUGCAGAACGUGCAUCAUUACCUGGACUCGGAUAUUUCUAUAUUCUAUCAGCUCGGUGAUCGGCAGAAGGUCGUCGCCUCGACCGAUCCCAGAUUUGCAGCACUGUUCAUGGAAAGGAUCGGCGGUGAGGAUGAUAAUGAAAUCAAGCCCGAAAAUAUGCGCUACUCGACCUACUCGCACAGCAAUCUGAUGUCCAUCAGAUCGGUGGUAGUCGACAGAUCGCGGAUUUCCAAAGAGGAAUUUGAUAUCUCUUAUAUUUCGGCCGAUCCUUCGAUGACCACCGUUUGCGUGGAUGGACCAUGUCCGAAGUGUCCGCCUCCCGAAGUGUUGGAGGAUUAUGUUAACAACGAGGAAGAUAGUACAAAUUAA